AUGCCAUUACAAUCAUCUAUAUCAACAAAAGCAAUUACAUCAUCUCAAAUAGCACAAUCAACUGCAUCAACACAAUCAACAAAUUUAAACAACUUAUUGCAGUCUAUUUUUUUAACAAAAAAAAGAAAAGCUGAUGCAGCAACUUCUAACCUUCUCAUGACUAUUACUAGCAAUAAACAAAAAAGCUUCACCCAAAUUGAACAUAUUACUAGAAAACAAGCUAAACUUGAAUAUAUUAUUACUAAACAACAAAAGCAGCUUGAACAGGUUCUUGAAAAGUUGAAUGAUAUUGAAGGAAUGCAUAAUCCUGCUAUGGGCAAAAGAAAAAGGAGAAGAAAAUGGAAAAAAACAGCAGAUAAUUUGUUUCAA